GUUAUAUUAAUUUUUAACGAAAAAAAUAUCUAGACUCUUUUCGGCAUUCUUAGGUGUUGAAUGGCUUCACGAGAACUAUUGCCGAAGUGUGGUGAUCGUCCUGGACAAAACACCCGCAGUCCACUUGCGCAAACGGAGCGGAAGUCUUCUACGUUCGGUCAGCUUAGAGAAAAUCAAUAACCUUGUGGUUUGGGCGAGCGACAAAGCAUUCGUUUUGCUGGUAUUUCCAGAGGACUACGAUAUGGUGCUUCGAUUUGACUCCUUCUCCUACUGCGCAAAGUUUCUCAAUAGUUUGGAGUUGCUACUCUACCGGAAUAAGAAGACAGUGAAUCUGAGUCACACUGAUACGGCUCGACUGCUAUCGACGGCAGAGACGAUUGAGAUUCGCAAACAGAAACUCGAACAGUUCUUUCGUGAAGCCUAUGCUAAAGCCUUUGGAAUGCCAGAUACGUACAGCGAUUCUGAUGAGAUGAAAAAGUGCUCAUCAGAAGCAGUCCUUCGCACUACGCUUACACGUGCAGAGUUUGCUAAUGCACUUGGCAUGGACGAGGAAGACCUGCUGAUUCAGCGUUUGUUCUCCUGCGUGGCCAGGAGCAACCCAGAGAAAAUCUGUUUCCAAGAUUUUCUUAAUACUGUCAUCAAAUUUGCGAAAGGCAGCGUUAAGGAGAAAUUAGAAAUCUUUUUCGCGAUGUGUGACCGCUCUUCUUCUGGUCAGGUGGACAGAGAAGAAUUUUGUUCAUUCAUGAGAUCAAUCGUUACAAGUGCAGAUUUCAACGUCAUGUCGGAACACCGAGAUCUACGACGCGUUAUGGGUUUGGGCAUUUCGUUCAGUCGUGGGAGUGCAGCUGGUAUAUCGUUGUGCAUGGGUGUCAUUCUACUUACUGUAUGCCGUAACGUUAUUACUAAAAUAAGGGAAACACCCAUUGGUCAGUACAUCCCAUUCGACUCGGCAAUUACAUUUCACAAAAUUGUUGGAAUUACUGCAGGAAUUUUCUCUGCUAUCCAUUCUGCUGGUCAUUGCAUAAAUUUCUAUCACAUAUCAACUCAAGAUAUUGAAUGCCUACAAUGUUUAUUUCAAGAGGCGUUCUUUAGCGCCAACUUGUAUUUCAGCUCUGAUGUUAAACCGUCGGUCAGCUACUGGUUGUAUGGAACAGUGACCGGAGUCACCGGGAUCUUACUCGUCGCCGUGAUGGCAAUUCUAUAUGUUUUCUCUGUUCCUUCCGUGCUCAACAAUGCUUAUCACGCCUUCCGCGUUACCCACACGCUCAACAUUGCCGUUUACGCGUUAACCAUCAUCCACGGGCUGCCAAAGCUUGUGUCGCCACCAAGUUUUGGUUUCUACAUAUUGGCUCCGGUAAUUAUCCUGUUCAUGGAUCGAUUGAUGGGUAUGCGUCAUGACUACAAAAAUUUGGAAAUUUUGAGUGCAAAGACGCUCUCAUCAAACGUGACGUACAUAAAGCUGAAGAGACCAAAAAACUUCAACUUUCGAAGUGGCCAAUGGGUCCGUCUCCGAUGUCCUGCUUUCAAUCACAAAAUGAAUGAAUGGCAUGCAUUUUCCCUGGCAUCCACUCCUCGUGAUCGCGUACUGAAAAUCUUCGUGAAAGCUUUAGGUCCUUGGACCUGGAAACUUCGAAAUGGCAUUCAACAAGCGCAGAAAUUUGGUCUUCCUUAUCCCACGGUAUUUUGCUUUUGUUUAAUGAUUGUUUCAUUGCAAUUCAUGCGUCAAAAGCAUUGAUG